UCCGCUUUGUUGAUAAACAAUUUGUUCAUGUAAACAAAAUUAUUAAUUAUCGUAAAUAGUAAUUUCGAUAUGAUGGAAGUGGAGGAGAGUACGGCAAACGCAUAUGAAAAUUUUAUUAAUCUUGAAACCCGUUCUGAUCUGGUAGAACCUCAGUUGGAGGAAUCUUUAAAAAUAAAUAAUUUAAAUUUUGAUACUUUGAACUGGCACAAGGAACAAGAUAUCAGUGCAUCCCAGGCGAAGCUGUCGGAUUUAAAGUUCUUAGAUAGCCGUACAAACAAGUUGUACAAUGGGUCGAGAAGAGAGCCUGAAGUGCUCACUGACUUGAACUGUAGAGACGGUUUGCCGCUUGUCAGAAAAGACAUAGAGAUUUCAAAGAAUGUUGACCAAGAAAACCCCGAUGCGCCGUUCAAAUGUGCAUCAUGCAAUAAAGUUUUCACAUCCAAAAUCAGCAUAAGAUUGCACAUGUUAAAAAGGCACAGGGUGAAAAACCUGUACACUUGCGAACUCUGUGGAAUAAGGCUUGAUACGUCUCCAGAGCUUUGUAACCACAUCAACUCCGAACACAAAUCAAUAGACGACCGUUAUUACUGUAGAAAAUGUGAUUACAACACAACUAACUAUGCAGAAAUAUCUUCUCACACGCAUGAAAACCAUACUUGUAAAGACUGUGGAAGGAGUUUCAAAACUGUAGAUAAAUUUGAGAAUCACAAGUUGUCACACUCGAAAGAAAAGAAGCUGGAGAAAAACUUCACCUGUGAUACGUGCGGAAAGAGAUUUGCCUUCGGCUGCCUCCUCAGGGACCACAUCAAUCUUCACACGGGCGCUAAACCUUAUCUCUGCCAAAUAUGCGGCAGAUCGUUCUCGCAGAAGGCUUCUUUAAAGCAGCACACCAGGACUCACAACGCAAUCAGACCGCACAAGUGCACCGAAUGUGACCAGGGUUUCUAUGGAAAAGGAGACCUUAAAAAACACUUGAGGAAGCACACAGGAGAAAGACCUUAUGUGUGCGAAAUGUGCGGUGAAGGGUUUUCUCAGAGCUCUCAUCUCGGCUUUCACAAAAGGACUCACACGGGGGAAAGGCCGUAUCCUUGUGACGUUUGUGGACGAGGGUUUACAAAGAAAGGAGACGUCAUAAGACACAAAAGAAUUCACACAGGAGAGCUGCCUUAUUUUUGCUUAGUAUGUGGCAAAGCGUUCAGGCAAAAUACACAAUGUGCCAACCAUAUUAAAAACCACCACCCGCAUUCACAAGUGUCAGUCGCUCCAAAUCCUAAUCCUAUCAUCCCUCCAUCUACAUUCCAACCUUCCUAACUAGAUUAUUUAAAAUAAAUAGAAAUUAAGAUAAGUGGGCCUUAUGACAAUCUGUCAAAUUCAUUCAAUUCGAGGUGAUUAAGAUUUGCUCAAAUAUGUUAAAAUAUUUUUAAAAAUUCAAAGUUUUAAAAAGUAGGUAUUAAGUAAAUGUCAAUUAUUUUAAUAUGGUUGCAUUUUAAUUAUAGAAUAUGAUUGUUGACUGAAUUUGUAAGGUUUUGUAAUAUUAAUUUUUUUAAAAUUAACUUUA